GCUGUCAAAAUCAGCUGUGCUGCGGAGCUCCGAGUCUGCUUCAUCUGCUGCGGAUCAGUUCUGCCUUUAAACCGAGAACUCACCGGUAUCUUCCUAACUAUGCAGAAGGUGAAUAAUCAAUACAUUUCGAUUUAAAAGCCAGAUUUAAACAGAACACACGCGGAGUUUCUACCUCUCCUCCUGCAGCACAGAUCCGGACUUCUCAAAGAAAAAUCCCUGUGUACCUGUAGUACUGCAGUCCCUGUGUACCUGCAGUACUGCAGUCCCUGUGUACCUGUAGUACUGCAGUCCCUGUGUACUUGUACAUGGCGCUGUGUAAGGGCACUCUGAGGGACCUGCAGCUGGCUCUGCAGCUGAAGAUCGAGGAGCUCCGGCAGAGAGACGCUCUGAUCGACGAUCUGGAGCUGGAGCUCGACACCAAGGACGAUCUGAUCCGCCUCCUGCAGGGGGAGCUGGACCGGCACCGGGGGGGCCAGCAGACUGGGGCCGGGACCGGGGCCGGGGGGGCCACAGAUACAGUGCAGCCUCCAGCAGCUGAUGAGCCUCAGCGCACAAAGAGACAAGCCAUCUCUGCAGAGCCGACAGCGCUGGAUCCCUCACAGCUGACUGAUGUUACACUGAAGAGCUACAGCAAGAGCAAAGAGUCCAGUGAUCUGAUCCAGAGAGCUCUGAUGGACAACGACUUCAUGAAACACCUGGAACACGGACAGAUCCUCACCAUCAUGGACUGCAUGCAUCCCACCAGCCUGACUAAAGGCUGCUGUGUGAUCCAGGAGGGGGACGAUGGCUCCACGGUUUAUGUCCUGGAGGAGGGAAGUGUGGAGGUGACGAAACAAGGAAAGACUCUGUGUUCGAUUGGAGAGGGGAAAGUGUUCGGAGAGCUGGCCAUCCUGUACAACUGCACCCGCACUGCUACUGUAACAGCUCUGACUGACAUCAAGCUCUGGGCGAUUGACCGGCAGUGUUUCCAGACCAUCAUGAUGAGGACCGGCCUCAUCAAACACUCGCAGUACACCGACUUCCUGCGCAGCGUUCCCUCGUUCCAGUCGCUCCCUGAGGACAUCCUCAGCAAACUGGCUGAUAUUUUAGAAGAGACUCAUUACAGCGACUGUGAUUACAUUAUCCGUCAGGGAGCCACCGGGGACACAUUCUUCAUCAUCAGCGAGGGACAGGUGAAGGUGACGCAGCAGAGCUCACCUGGAGCUGAGCAGGUGCUCGUGAAGACGCUGAGCAAAGGAGACUGGUUCGGAGAGCAUGCUCUGAAAGGAGAGGACGUCCGUACAGCGAGUGUGACGGCAGUGGGAGACGUCACAUGUCUGGUGAUCGACAGAGAGUCCUUCAAACAGCUGAUUGGAGGACUAGAGGACGUCAACAACAAGCAGCUCGACAGCGACGAGGUCAAGGCCAAUUUGCAGGCAGAAGCAGAUUUCUUUUCCAGUGUGUCGCUGAGUAGUUUCAACAUCAUCUGCACUCUGGGGAUGGGAGGCUUCAGUCGAGUGGAGCUGGUGCAACUAAAGAGCGAUCCGAAUCGAUCCUUUGCCCUGAAAGUGUUGAAGAAGCGUCACAUCAUGGACACCAGCCAGCAGGGCCACAUCCUGUCAGAGCGCCGCAUCAUGAUGGAGGCUCACAGUCCCUUCAUCAUCAGGUUGUAUCGGACUUUCAGAGACUCCAAAUACCUGUACAUGCUGCUGGAAGCGUGCCUGGGAGGAGAGCUGUGGACGCUGCUCAGAGACAGGGGCUCGUUCGAUGACGGCGUCACUCGGUUUUACACCGGCUGUGUGGUCGAGGCUCUGGCCUUCCUGCACUCCAGAGGGAUCAUCUACAGAGACCUGAAACCAGAGAACAUCAUCCUGGACCACCGGGGAUACGCCAAGCUGGUGGACUUUGGCUUUGCUAAGAAAGUGGGUCUGGGUAAGAAGACGUGGACUUUCUGUGGGACUCCAGAGUAUGUGGCCCCUGAGAUCAUCUUGAAUAAGGGCCACGACAGCUCCGCCGACUGCUGGUCUCUGGGAAUCCUCGUCUUUGAGCUGCUCAGUGGCAGCCCUCCAUUUUCAGGCUCUGAUCCCAUGAAGACGUACAACAUCAUCCUGCGGGGCAUCGACAUGAUCGAGUUUCCCAAGAAAAUCACCAAGAGCGCCGCCAACCUCAUCAAACGCCUCUGCAGGGACAAUCCUUCAGAGAGGCUGGGGAAUCAGAAAAAUGGAGUGAAGGACAUCCAGAAACACAAGUGGUUUGAAGGCUUCAACUGGGACGGCCUGCGACAGGGAACCAUCGCCUCCCCGUUCACCCCCACAGUGGGAGGACCUUUGGACAACAGCAACUUUGACUAUUUCCCCGAGGACACAGACGACCCUCCUCCUGACGAGGAGUCCGGCUGGGACCUGGAGUUUUAGCAGGACGGGAAAAAACAUCGAGAAAUAUAUUUAUUUUAUAAAGAGGAAGAAAUAGCUUUCUAUUUCAGGCACAUUAGUUACUACAGGACCAAGAACAAACAAAUGUGUGAAUGAUUAUUGAUCGUUUUUGGGAGGAUAAAUGAGAUGUUGGGGAUAAUCAUAACAUUUCAUGAUGAAUAAAUGAUGGUAUUAAAAAACAAAGUCACAGUAAUAUUAUCUGAAUGUAUUGAGAAAAAGAUGUCUCUGAUAAAAUCCAUUUAAAAAUCCAGCUGUUAAAUAAAACGGAAUAUUAGAAGGAAAUCAUUUAUAUUUUGAGGCUGUGAGGUUUCUGUAAACAUUUUGUCUCCUUUUCAAUGUUUGACGUAUUUUAUGUUAGAACAAUGUAUUUUAUUGAGACAAACUGAACCUCUUACGAUUGGUUGAGUUUUCAUGUGAGUUUCUGAAGCGUGUGUCCUUCAGGAGUUUC